CCAGUCCCAGGCAAUUGCAGGCAGAACCAUGGAGAGCUUGAGUGAACUUCAGAACCCGCUGCUGCCGAGGAGCCCCGCCCACCUCCACAGUCCCUACCCCUACUCUGAGGCCCCGUCCAGCUGGUCCUGCCAGGAGAAGCUUUAUUCCUACCUCCUAGGAGGUGCUGGUCCCGCUCACGCCCACCAGCUCCUAGACCCAGGGUCCCUGCAGCUGGCUGUGGAGGCUUGGUACCGGCCCAGCUGCCUCCUGGGGAAGGACAAGGUCAAAGAGCCCAAAGCAGGCAGCUGUGAAACGAGCUUCACCGAAGCCAGGGAGCCUCCAGUGGGGCCCGCAGAACAGGGCUCAGAACCCGGUCAAACUGAGGAGGAUGUCACCAUCCACACCGUGUCCUAUGGGGUUCAAGAGGAGCUGCAGGGCCAGGAGGACAGCCAGGAGGAGGAGAGUGAUGCAACCUCGACAGAGAGCGAAAGCGAAGACACCUUCCUCACCCUGCCUCCCAGGGACCACUUGGGGCUCACUCUGUUUUCCAUGCUCUGCUGCUUCUGGCCUCUGGGCAUUGCUGCCUUCUACUUUUCCCAGGGGACCAGCAAGGCCAUCUCCAAAGGGGACUUCCGCCUGGCCAGCACCACCUCCCGCCGGGCGCUCUUCCUGGCCACACUCUCCAUCGCUGUGGGGGCCGGUCUCUAUGUGGCUGUAGUGGUGGCUCUGGCUGCUUACAUGUCCCAGAAUGGCCAUGGCUAAUGGUCAGUAGGACCUCUGUCCUGGCUCUCCUGGCCUAUCAGAGGAAGGUGUAAGGCUUGGAACUGUGUACUCUAUGGAGAGCCCUGACCUGUUGUUGAGGGGAGGCCGCCCAUUCUGCAGCCCACACAGCCCUCUUGCUCACAACUCCCAGUCCCAGAGCAGGCCAAGUGUGGAUGGGAAGCAGGAAAG